AUGUUGAAUUGGCGCCGCGACAUUCGCAACAUACUUUUCGCUGCUAAGGCGAAACAGGCGAGGGAGGAAGCGCAUGACGACGAGGUGAAGAGCGAGGAGGAAGAAGACGCCGCUUUAGAUGCAGAAGUUCAGAAUGCCCUAAUUGAACAAAAGUCUACAACAAAAAGGAAAAGAAAAACACUGGCCAAACAGCGUCGAGAGUAUCAGAAAAAGGUCGAUCGCAAAAUGAUCAUUCCCGGAGACAAAUUCGAUACGAACAGUGCCGGAGAGCUGUUCAGCCUAGAAACUCUUGAAAAGACCGCUGGCAAGAAUACCGCAGAUAUUGGCGAGGCGUUGAACGACUGGAAAGCAGCUGAUUAUUUCGAAGCGAAUGAAAAUGAUCAGUUUGCAGAAAACGACUUCCAUAUAUCUGAAGAAGACACCAAACUUCUGCCGAUUGCUCAUUCAUGGUUCGAAAAGGAUGCUUUUAAUGAACUUGAAAACGAUGAGGACGAGGAUUUAGAAGUCGAAGUUGGCGCCAAAAGAAUGAAAUUGGAGGUUAAUCGGACAGAAAACGACACCGAAAAUAAACCGGAUGUGGUUGCUGCUCCGACAGAUAGCGAUACUUCAGACGACGAUCAGGAGCUUACUGUGGAUGAUAAUCGUGGAUCUUCCGAAGCUUUGCGUCAAGUUACCGAGAAGCUAACACCGGAGGAACUGGCUCUUGGCGAGCUUUACAUUCAUUCGUCGAAAUCGAGACGUGACCUCAUCGAGUUCGGCUUCAACCGUUAUGCGAAUAACGACGAAGGUGUCCCCGACUGGUUCGCUGAGGAAGAGAAGCAAUACUGUCGGCCGAAUUUGCCUAUCUCACGGGAGAUGGUCGAAAAGUACAGGCUUCGUUUGCGAGAGAUCAACGCCAGGCCCAUUAAAAAAGUAGCCGAAGCAAAAGCCCGGAAGAAGAAGAGGGCCUUGAGACAGUUGGAAAAAGCUAAAAAGAAAGCAGAAGGCAUACUAGAAAGUGAAGGCAUUACUGAAGCUGAAAAGGCUAAAGAACUCCGGAAGUAA